CUCCCGGGUCCGAGGCCAGCUGGCGGGCUGUGGGCGGGCCGGAGGCCGCAGGGGGCGUGCGGCGGCGGCAGGAAGGGGCGGGGGGCUCCCGAGCCCCGGCAGGAAGAGGCGAACCCACCGGCCGCCGUCGCGGGCCCCGAGCGUUCUCGCCUUGGACCCAGCCAUGUGGGGUCUCCUGCUCGCCUUGGCCACCUUUGCGCCUGCCGUCGGUGUCAGUCUGGGGGCGCCCAGUGCCUCCGUGCUGGGCUUGGCGCCGCCCGGGACCACCAAGGCCCCGGUCCCGAGCCCGGCCCCGCGGAGCAGCCCGACAGAGCCGCCCGCGGGGAAGGAGAACGGGACCUCAGAACACCAUGUACGGAUUCGAGUCAUCAAGAAGAAAAAGAUCAUCAUGAAGAAGCGAAAGAAGCUAACUCACCCGAGACCCCCAGUCACUGCCGGGCCUUCGGUGACCACCAGCCCUGCAGGGACCCUUGACCUCCCCGAGAAGCAAGAACCAGGCUGUCCCCCUUUGGGCCUGGAGUCCCUGCGAGUUUCAGAUAACCAGUUGGACGCAUCUAGCAGCCAGUCCUUUGGUCUUGGACCACACCGAGGACGGCUCAACAUCCAGUCAGGCCUGGAGGAUGGUGACCUUUUUGAUGGGGCCUGGUGUGCUGAGCAGCAGGACGCCGAGCCAUGGCUUCAGGUGGACGCUAGACACCCCACCCGCUUCUCGGGCGUUAUCACACAGGGCAGGAACUCCAUCUGGAGGUAUGACUGGGUCACAUCAUACAAGGUCCAGUUCAGCAAUGACAGUCGGACCUGGUGGGGGAGUAAGAACCGCAGCAGUGGGAUGGACGCGGUAUUUCCUGCCAAUUCGGACCCGGAGACACCAGUGAUGAACCUUCUGCCUGAGCCGCAGGUGGCCCGCUUCAUUCGUCUGCUGCCCCAGACCUGGCUCGAGGGAGGUGCAGCUUGCCUCCGGGCAGAGAUCCUGGCCUGCCCGGUCUCAGAUCCUAAUAGCCUGUUCCCUGAGGUCCCUAUGCUGGGCUCCUCCGACCCACUGGAUUUCCGGCAUCAUGAUUAUAAAGCCAUGAGGAAGCUGAUGAAGCAGGUGAACGAGCAAUGCCCCAACAUCACCCGCGUCUACAGCAUCGGGAAGAGCCAUCAGGGCCUGAAGCUGUAUGUGAUGGAAAUGUCAGACCAGCCUGGGGAGCAUGAGCUGGGAGAGCCCGAGGUGCGCUACGUGGCUGGCAUGCAUGGGAAUGAGGCCCUCGGGCGGGAGUUGCUCCUGCUCCUCAUGCAGUUCCUGUGCCACGAGUUCCUGAGAGGGGACCCGAGAGUGACCCGGCUGCUCACUGAAAUGCGCAUUCACCUGCUGCCCUCCAUGAACCCCGAUGGCUAUGAGACUGCCUUCCGCCGGGUGAGCCACUUGGCACAAGGGCCAGCCUGCUCCUUCUGCCCUGGUGCCCAGAGACUGCUGGGCUUGAACAGACCUCAUCCUUGGCAGGGCUCAGAGCUGGUGGGCUGGGCAGAGGGCCGCUGGAACCACCAGGGCAUUGACCUUAACCAUAAUUUUGCUGACCUCAACACACCGCUGUGGGAAGCAGAGGACGAUGGGCUGGUACCUGACACUGUCCCGAACCAUCACCUGCCACUGCCCACUUACUACACCCUGCCCAAUGCCACUGUGGCUCCUGAAACACGGGCCGUGAUCAAGUGGAUGGAGCGGAUCCCUUUCGUGUUAAGCGCCAACCUCCACGGGGGUGAGCUCGUGGUGUCCUACCCCUUCGACAUGACUCGGACUCCGUGGGCUGCCCGAGAACUCACGCCCACCCCGGAUGAGGCCGUGUUUCGCUGGCUCAGCACUGUUUAUGCAGGCACUAAUCGGGCCAUGCAGGACCCAGAUCGCCGACCCUGCCACAGCCAGGACUUCUCCUCAUAUGGCAAUGUCAUCAACGGGGCUGACUGGCAUACUGUGCCUGGGAGCAUGAAUGACUUCAGCUACCUACACACCAACUGCUUUGAGGUCACUGUAGAGCUGUCCUGUGACAAGUUCCCUCAUGAGAACGAGCUGCCCCAGGAGUGGGAGAAUAACAAGGAUGCCCUUCUCACCUACCUGGAACAGGUGCGCAUGGGCAUUGCGGGAGUUGUGAGGGACAAAGACACAGAGCUCGGGAUUGCUGAUGCUGUCAUUGCCGUGGAUGGGAUUAACCAUGAUGUAACAACCGCCUGGGGCGGGGAUUAUUGGCGUCUGCUGACCCCAGGGGACUACAUGGUGACCGCCAGUGCUGAGGGCUACCACACAGUGACACGGAGUUGCCGGGUCACCUUUGAAGAGGGCCCUGUGCCCUGCAAUUUCCACCUCACCAAGACUCCCAAACAGAGACUUCGCGAACUGCUGGCAGCUGGGGCCAAAGUGCCCCCAGACCUUCGGAGGCGGCUGGAGCGGCUCAGGGGACAGAAGGAUUAACAUCUCCAGCUGAAGAACCCCAGAGCCUUGGGCAGGCUGGACCUGUCCAGAACUGAAGGAGGGGACACAGAGUGGGGAGGGAGGGACAAAGUGGGAGUAAAGGUGCUCGGGCUCAUUAAAGCUACUUUGGCCCCUCA